GAGACAUGGAGAGAGAGCAGCAAGAGAGACUCAGCGGAGCUUAAAGGUGAGAAACAAGACGGAGCCGACCCUGAGCCCUGACUGCAUUUGGAAAACCUGUGAGAUGCUCAGAAACCACCUCACAGGUGAUUUUCAACAUUCAGAAGAAAAAACAGUGUCUUAGGACGCGCCCCGCCUCAUUAUCACUGGGUAGCCCAUGCACAUGCACGACACCAUGGGUAGUUCCCCUGAGGUGCUCUCAUGGACUUCCUGCCCCAGUCUGCUGGUGGGCAAGCUAAAGGAGGAGCUCAAACUCACUGUGGUCGGGGACACCAUUAAGAAAUCAAACUCGCCCAACUCCCAACCUCAGCCUCCUCAGGCCCCUCCGUCCAAUUUACCUCCUCAGAUUAUCACAGACCUGGCGCCGCCGACACACCUGCCGGUUCCCCUGCAGACGCCGCAGACGCCCGUCCAGGAUGAGGACUCAGUGCUGGGGGUUUUAAGCCCCCCGAACACAGCCUUGAGUGUGGACUCAACACGGAGCGAGGGUGGGCACUUUGACAACAGCGUGCUCCAGCUGCAGGAGCACGACCACGAGGAGGCCGGAUCACCGGCCUCCUGUGAGCACGGCGGGUGUGGCAGUGGGAUGGAGGAGCAGGCGGGAGAAGGGGACUGUCCCAUGGACCACAGUGGAGAGGGGAGGCAGAGCCACCACCACCACCACCACCACCAUCACCCCGAUGACAUCAAGCUGCACUUCCAGAGAGCGGGGCCUGGGUCGGGGGGGUUCUUAGAGGGGCUGUUUGGUUGUCUUCGGCCCGUCUGGAACAUCAUAGGGAAGACGUACUCGACAGAAUACAAGCUGCAACAGCAAGACAUGUGGGAGGUUCCGUUUGAGGAGAUUUCUGAGUUGCAGUGGCUCGGCAGCGGAGCACAGGGAGCUGUCUUCUUGGGCAAGUUCCGCUCUGAGGAGGUGGCCAUCAAGAAGGUGCGUGAGCAGAAGGAGACGGACAUUAAACACCUGCGAAAACUCAAGCAUCCAAACAUCAUCAGCUUCAAGGGGGUGUGCACCCAGGCGCCUUGUUACUGCAUCAUCAUGGAGUACUGCGCCCAGGGCCAGCUGUAUGAGGUGCUGAGGGCGGGGAGGAAAGUGACCCCCAGGAUGCUGGUGGACUGGGCCACAGGCAUCGCCAGCGGCAUGAACUACCUUCACCUGCACAAGAUCAUCCACAGAGAUCUCAAGUCUCCCAAUGUUUUGGUCACAUCCACCGACACUGUGAAAAUCUCAGACUUUGGAACAUCCAAAGAGCUCAGUGACAAAAGUACAAAGAUGUCAUUUGCGGGUACGGUGGCCUGGAUGGCCCCAGAAGUGAUAAGAAAUGAGCCUGUGUCUGAAAAAGUAGACAUCUGGUCAUUUGGAGUUGUGUUGUGGGAACUUCUGACCGGAGAGGUUCCCUACAGAGAUGUUGACUCCUCUGCCAUCAUAUGGGGUGUUGGCAGCAACAGUCUUCACCUUCCUGUCCCCUCAACCUGCCCGGAUGGCUUCAAAAUCCUCAUGAAACAAACAUGGCAAGGAAAGCCCAGGAAUAGGCCUUCAUUUCGUCAGAUCCUCCUACACCUCGACAUUGCCUCUGCUGAUGUUCUAGGAGCUCCUCAGGAGACCUACUUCAAGUCUCAGUCAGAAUGGAGAGAGGAAGUGAAGAAACAUUUUGAGAAGAUCAAAAGUGAAGGCACCUGUAUCCACAGGCUGGACGAGGAGCUGAUCCGACGCAGGCGGGAUGAACUCAGGCACGCACUGGACAUCCGGGAGCACUAUGAGAGGAAGCUGGAGAGAGCCAACAACCUCUACAUGGAGCUCAGUGCCAUCAUGCUGCAGCUGGAGGUCCGAGAGAAGGAACUAAUGAAGAGAGAGCAGGCCGUGGAGAAGAAAUAUCCCGGAACCUAUAAGCGUCACCUGGUCAGACCCAUCGUCAGGACCAACGCUGUAGAGAAGCUCAUCAAGAAGAAAGGAAGCAUGUCCCACAAACCUGGGAUGGGCCCCACUAAAAGACCCGACUUGCUUCGUUCUGACGGCAUCCCCAGCCUCGACCCACUCCCCGCCCCUUCACCUCUAUCAGCCAGCCCGAAGGUCUCCACGCCCCCUGGCAAAGCCCGCUACCGAAGCAAGCCUCGUCACCGCCGGGCCAACAGUAAAGGAAGCCACAGUGAGUUCCUGGGGGUGCUGAGGCCUCUUGCCGGGGCAUUAGACGACACCCAGUCUCUCCAGGAGCAGCCGUUCCUCCAUCACCACCACCACCACCCACAAACCGAGGCGCCCUUCCUCCCCUUAAAGGGCCGGGAGCAGGCCGUUGUCAACUGUGCCAACAACCUGCGCUACUUCGGCCCCGCCGCUCCCCUCCGAAGCCCUCAGACAGACCACCUCCAGCGCCGCGUCUCUGAAUCCAGCCCUGACAUCAUAUCCACUGCUGUGGACGCAGACACACGACAGCGGACUUCCUCCACCGGCUCCAAUCCUGUUCCAGGUGCCGGUGCUGGUACUUUGUGUCCCUGCUGCCAGGCUCAUCCCUUCCCUGGCUGCCUACACUGUCAGGAGACCCCUCCUGCAUCAAGCCAUCCAGAGUUGCCACACUACUCCCUGCUCAACACCCAGGAAGGCAGCGCGUCUUCUUUAGGGGCUCCCAGCAAAGAUCAAGCCUCAGACGGAGAGGCCACAAAGAAGGCUCAGCCACAAGAACAACAGGCAUCCCAGCGCACUCACACCCUGCUCACUGCACUGCCCCGCACUCUCAGACCUCUCAGGAAGGGUGGCGACGAGUCAUCUGAAGAGGAAGAGGGCGAGGUUGAUAGUGAGGUGGAGUUUCCAAGGAGACAGAGACCUCAUCGCUGUAUGAGCAGCUUCCAGUCCUACUCCACAUUCAGCUCGGAGAACCUGUCGGUGUCUGAUGGAGAGGAGGGAAACACCAGUGACCACUCCCACAGCGGGCCCCUGGAGAGGCUGAGCGCCAGUCAGGAGGAACAUCUGGAUGAGCUGCUGUCACACACACCGGACAUCCCCAUCGACAUCUCCACCCAGUCAGAUGGCCUCUCUGACAAGGAGUGCGCUGUGCGGAGAGUGAAGACCCAGAUCUCACUGGGAAAACUGUGCUCCGACGAACACAGCUACGAGAAUCCACUACAGUUUGGGGAUUCAGACUGUGAUACGUCAGAAGCAGAGUGCUCCGAUGCCACCAUUAGAAACAACAAAGCCGGGGCUCCUUCCUCGUGGUGAAAUCCCCCCCCC